AGGAACGACUGGAGGCAAAGCUCUCUCACACAGGCCAGCGAAUUGAAACACGGAAAACGUUGAGACGCUUGAGCAAACGCUUGGGAGAUGCUGGGCCAGACACCAGAAAUGUCUUGGCGGGGCCACACGGCCUUUUGCUCGCAAUGUCUCUCUCUCCUAUGUAUGUAGGAUACGGAUCCCGAACUAUGCAAUAGUCUGCAGCGCAGAAAAAGGACACGGGCUAAGAAGCAUGAUUGCAUGGUUGCAUGGGGCAUGGAAUUGGGUCCAGCACUAGAGGAGGGGCAGCAUGCAAAAAAAGAGAGAGCAGGGACCCCUCAUCCCGCAAAGGCCAUUACAUACCCAUACAUUUUUAGUUGGUGAGGCACUUUUCAUUACGUCGGAGCUUCCCCAAGAGCAGACAGCCAGGAGAAGAGGAGAGAGGAAAAAAAAAACAAAAAGCCACCCAUCGCCGCAAUUGUCAUCCUACAAUUCGCGCAAUUCUCCUUCUCUACAGUUGCAUCUUUCUCGACCAAAAGAAGAUUUGAGAAACAGACAAUCCGGUGAAAGGACUGUCUCGACAAGUCCUCAGUCCUCAGUCCUCAGUCCUCAGUCCUCAGUCUUCAGUCUUCAGUCCUCAGUCUCAAGUCUCAGUCUUCAGUCUUCAGUCUUCAGUCUCAGUCUCAAGUCUCAGUCUCACUUCACCUUCCCUCCCAAGUUGACCUGGUUGUUCCCAACGGGUUUGCCUUUAUACCACCCAUGUUUCUGUCCUGCUUUCCUUCUUCCUUGCUUUCGUUCAUUCUUUCUUUCCGUCUUAGUUCCUUCCAGACGGGAGAUGGUGGGUGCUCUUAGGAAUCCAGAGGACAUGGACCAUGGCUUCUGUGUUUUCCCUCUUCUUGGCUACUGCCCCAUGGAUAAUGCGGUCAUCAUGGUGUAAUUCCUAGCCAGCACUAUCGGGGGGGUACGACGAGUGAGCUGGGCUGAGCCCUUUUCUUACCUGAUGACUUUAGAUCUCAGAUGCCAGACACUUGAACUGGACAGAUCUUCAGAAGCCGGCUCAAGGUUCACUCUACCGC